AAAAAAGAAAAAAUAAAAAACUACCAAGCAACUCAAGACCAAUGCAAGCAUUAAAAUUAAAAGUAAACCACCAACUGUUGAGUGUUAUCAUAAAGUCAGCAAAAUGAGUGAAACCAAGAAGCUACUCGAUGCAUUGCUAUGCGAUAUCUACGGCAGGCAAGAAGUGCUGGCCAAACGUAUAAGGCGUUGUUGCCGGAAUCCUGUCCUUAAACGAUCCCCGAAGAAGAAGAAAGGACAACUGGCGCAAUUGGCCAGCGGCAUGGUCGGUGAUCGGUCCGCCCUGGAGCGUUUGGAUGUGCGCAAGCUCAUCGACGUGUGCGCCAUCCUAAAGGUCGAGAUCCUUAUGCUGGGCUAUCUCCUGGAGCGGGUGCUCGUGGCCAGGGAUCGUCUGCAGAGGCAUCAGGAGGUCCUGUGCGAGUUCGUCACUGCUGUGCUCAUCGUGGAGAGUGACGAUGCACAGCCUAAAAUGCGUUUUAGCCUCUCACCACCGCCGCAGAAAGCCAUUACCAGUGCCCGCCUAACCUCGCCCACUAAAAACAGCCUCAGCAGCAGCACCACCAUCACCACCCCCGGCAGCAACAAUAGAAGCCCCAGCAGCACCAAAACCACCAUGCUGACCCGCAAUGGCGGAGGCCACGGGACCAGCCCCACCGCCUCCGGAUCCGGACACGCUCCCUCCGCCUCCGCCGCUGCCGACGAUGAAGCCACCUCGGAUUACAACCAGUGGCUGCAUGCCAUGAAGCUGGUGGCCCGCCUGCCCGGAGGCACUCCACCCGAGUUCCGACGCAAGUUGUGGCUAUCGCUGGCGGACAAGUACCUCAAGUCGAAGAACGUGGACUGGGCGCAGCAGCGGGAGAAGUGCUUUUGCGAGGAGUGGCGCGAGGAUGACGAGGAGCUGGGCAUACAAAUCGUCAAGGAUCUGCAUCGCACUGGCUCGAAUCUGUGCACCGGUCCCGCGGGCUCCAUAAACCAGGCCAAGCUGAAGCGCAUCCUUCUGGGCUAUGCCCGUUACAACCCCGAGGUGGGCUACUGCCAGGGAUUCAACAUGCUGGGCGCCCUCAUACUGCAAGUGAUGGACAAGGAGGAGGAGGAGUCCAUGAAGGUCAUGAUCUACCUGGUGGAGGGCGUUCUGCCCACGGGCUACUUCUACGGCUCGAUGGGCGGCCUGCAGGCGGACAUGGGCGUCUUCCGGGAGCUGAUGCAGACGCGACUGCCACGGUUGGCGAAGCACCUGCAACGCCUCCAGGGACCCGUCGAGAAUGCCUUCGAACCGCCGCUAACCAAUGUCUUUACCAUGCAGUGGUUCCUCACCAUGUUCUGUACCUGCCUGCCCAUGUCCUGCGUCCUGCGCGUCUGGGACCUGGUCCUUAUCGAGGGCAGUGAUGUCCUUCUUCGCACCGCCCUCGUCCUUUGGAGUCUGCUUGAAGAGCGUGUGAUCAGUGUCCGUUCUGCAGAUGAGUUCUAUGGCAAGAUGGGAUCCUAUUCCAGUGAACUCCUCAAUGGCCAUCUUGUGGACUCCAAUGGUCUUAUUGAGCGUGUGGUGAAGCUAGGACCCAUUGCAGAUUUGCGACAACUGCGGGAUAAGCAUCUCUACAACAUUGCCCCAUUGCGUCACAAACAAGGAUUGCAGCUCUACUACGACGAGGAGGACACCCAUUCGGAUGAGGAGCGCUUGGCGGUAGCAACCGUAUUCGGCUUGAAUUGGGGUAGACGUGGAUCGGUGGGUCCUGCGGCGGCAGGAAAGCAGCAAGUGGAACAGAAGGAUCGCCUCGCUUUGGAUAUUUCCCUGCUGAAGAAGCAGUACGAUAGGCUGCGCGAGCGCCAGAAGCAGGCCCAUGUCAUCCUAACCACCGCCUGUUCGACAGCAGCGCGCCAAGGAUCGGGUCCAGCGAGCAGCUCCCAGCCGGCGGUCCCUGUAAACCAGUUACUUCUUGGUCGCCCUGCAAUAGUAACCAAUAAGGGAAAGCGGGUUGGAGCACCGUUGGGCGCCAUUCCACCUGCUCGAAAGCCCUCCCUUCCCGCUGUCCUCCAUACCAAACCAACAACAGAAAAACAGUUGCGAAGGGGAGAGACCCUCCUCUGGAGGGACACCGAUCCAAGCCGCAGACGACGAGAUAGUCUGACCUGGAAGGAGAUCAAAGCAGAUCGGGCUGCCAUGAUACGAGAGGGCGUUGAUGUCAGCUCCGUGAGAACGCAGAAGCUGCGCACACGCUUUGGAAAAAGUGAUAGCUCCUCAUACAGCGAGGAUAGUGAUGGUGAGCAGGAGUCUGGGCCAGGAGGAGGAGGAGGCUCCAGCACGGACACCAGCCUUUGCGAUGACGAUGACCCAAAGUCCACGGAGAAGAGUCCCAAGCAGAAGGCCAAGCUAGCACGCAAGCUCAAGGAGCAGAAGCAGUUGGCCGGUUCCAGGGACACGAGCUUGGAGCGGCAGAGACCCAAAUCUUGGGCUCCAAGCAGCCAUGAGAUUCCCUUCAUGCUGAUGGGUACGGAUAGUGGCGACGAGAAGGACGAUAAGGCGUCGAAAGAUGGGGCGGGUACUGGAGAUCAAGCGGAGGAUAGUGCCACGGAAAGCGGUCGUUACGAAUUUGACAGAGAAUUACAUUUGAUCAGCUCCAAGAUGGAGCCACUAAAGCUUCCUUUCGACCCCGAAUUCCCAGGCAUGACUUCCGUUAGUCCUAUACCGUCGCCCCGAGAAAAAAGUGAAGCUGAAGAGGAUUUGCUGGAUGAGCGAAAGCCAUUCGAUGUGAGCGAUGAUGGAGUGACAAAUCAGUAUUUCGAGAGGGUUAACAGCGUGGAGCGGCCCAAUCGUCUGGAAUUGUCCUACUCGCUCAACGAGGAAGAGACGGAUACUAAUGCCAUUUACCUAGAGGAGAGGGAAAAAGUUGAGGGGCAUAGUGGUGAUAGGGAAUAUAAUUCCGUACCCCCUUUCUACCCAAGAGAGGACGAUGAUGGUGUACAGGGUGAUGGCAAGGUGCCACAGAUUCGGGACGAUAACAUUCCAGGUGAGAACAAGGACGAUUACAAAGAGCUUCUGAGCAUGACGAUAGAGGAAACUACUGGAUACAAACCACCACCUCCCACAGCCAGCACAUUGAGUAAUGCAAGCCGAAAGAGACGAGAUCCUCGCCGAAAAACCUUGACCCGCUCAUCGACCAUUGAAAUCGAGGAACGGUAUCAGGCCCUGGAGCGCAGGAUCAGUCAGGAUCAGCCAAGUGGGGAUCGGCAAGCCAAGUACAUUCCUAGCACAGCUGCUCUAGAGGAGCGGUUUAACACCCUUGAAAAGCAACUGAGUGCUGAAAAGCAACGCAAGGAGCUGACCGAAAUGGAGGCUGAAUAUCCAAUUAAAUCCGAGAGAAUUCCCUCUACCGCCGACCUGGAAUCACGGUUCAAUUCCCUAACAAAACAAAUGAGUUCCAGCGAAUCUAGUUCCAAAACUCCCAUUGAUCUCAAGGACGAGGACAGACCCAGUGGUAGCAGCUCCAAGAACCAGAAGGAUAGCGAAAAAACCAGCAAGCUGCACAAAUCCGAGGAACCUGAAUCUAACACAAAGGAAACUACAGAGGAAACAGAAACCAGCGAUAGCAAAGAAAGUAAAAGUGAUGAAAAGGAAACGGAGCCACCACGCCUCAAGAAACUUCCAUCAACUGCAGAGCUGGAAGACCGUUUUAAUGCCUUGGAACGCAAAAUGAGUGUUCAGAAGAGCAGCCCAUCCAAGAACAAAAAAGAACCACCCGAUGAAGAAGAAUCGGAAUCUACAAAAGAGCCAGAAGAACCAGAGGAGUCAGACAAAGCAAAUGAGAAGACUUCGGGCAGUCAAUCACCUAUUGCUAAAAAGGAUCCCAAAGAUAAUGAUCAGAAAAAACCUGAAACUAAGGAGGAGAACCAAUCACCUAACAACCAAGACCAGAAAGUCAAAACCAAAUCCACCAAAAGUGAAGAGAUGAUUGAAAAAGAAACUUCUAAGCCGAAGGAGGAUUCACAAGAAUCGAAAACUGCUCCAAAUAAAAAGGUGGAAGCUAAUCGAAAGCUUAGCUCAGAAGAAGGUGAUCACACAAUAAAAGAAAAGAGGGAAGAAUCUCCAGGGAAAACCGAUAAAGAAACUGCAGAAGCCAAAAUUGAAAAUGUUAAAGACUCGUCAAAAAAAAGUGAUUCUCAAAAGAAAGAAGCCGCUAAGACGUCGGUUUCACAAACUGAGGCUGAUUCAAAACCAGGUUCUAAAGGAAAUGCAACUUCUAAGGAUGCGGAACAAGAAAAGACCCCUCGAAAAUCUCCACCCUCCACUGAAGAAUUAGAAAAACGUUUUAAUGCCUUAGAAAAACAGAUGAGUACCACCAACUUAGAAACAACUAGAGAACCUGAUCAAACUAAUCCAGCAACCAAAAGUCAAUCUUCGAGUGCCGAAGUUAAGACGCAGAAAUCCAUGAAAUCUUUUGACGACAAGAUCAAAGAAGUUAAUGUGGCUAUCGAAAAGGAGCAGAAGAGAGUUGAGGUGGAGGAUAAUGCUGAAAAGAAGCGCAAAAACGUUGAAGAAAGUUGCAAGACGGUCGACAACAAUUUGGAAGCCCCAAAAAACAAAGAAGAGGACUCUCAGCAACCAGAAGAGUGUCAACAAAAGGGUAUGAAUCAGCGAAGAGCUUCUGAGCCACCGUCAACGGAGGAUCUUGAGAAGCGUUAUGAAACCUUGAAGCGUCGCAUGAGUAGCAAGAAUCAAUUUAGCGAAACCGUGGACGAAGCUCUCGAGCGGAUCCAGCAGGAGGUAAUCUCCGAAGCAGUGGAGGAAAAGAAGCCACCGCCAUCGACGGAGGAUCUGGAGAGCCGCUUUGAGGCACUGCAUGGCGAUAAGAAAAACGUGGAGUCCAAAAUGGCCGAAACCAAACACGUAGAUGUGGCCAUUGAAGCGCAUAUUCCAUCCCCACCUCCGCCGCCACCACCACCAAAGGAACGUCCUGUCCUGGCCGAACCAGUUCUCCACCAGCAACAGGCUCUGAUCGAGGAGCUGCAGAGCAAGAUGCGAGGCCAAUCACCUGGCGAGGAGAACCUGAAGCCCAGCGAGAUAAAUCCGCAGAGGAGGCAGAGAAAGCUACUGCAACGACCCACGCCCAUGGGCGAUGAGACCUCGGAAGCACCUGCAAACACGGCUUACUACAGAGCGGCAAACCACGAACAAUGGCAGCAGCGCAUGGUGCGUCGGUUCUCUGAUUUACCCUCCCGGGCCGAUCUGGAGAACCGAUUGCAGUUCCUGGAGAGGCAACUCUACAAGAAGUUCUACAAGCAGCGCUGUGCAAGUGAUUCCGAAGUUGCAUCGAGGGUCAAACUCCCGCCCGAGGACCAGCCGAGCACCUCUAAGCAGGCCAAGGAACUGGAAGUCGAAGGACAGCUGGAGCAGCGUGUCCUGGCGUUGGAGAAACAGCUGAGCGAGAACAGUCUCAAGUUGCUGGAAGCGAUGAGGGAGCGCCAACGGUCAGCAGAUGACAGUGGCUCCCCUAGGCGAUUGAGCACGGAGACAAUCGACGCCACCGGCAAGGAGCUUGUUAGGUACACCCAGAACAUUGGGGAGCUGGAGGAAGUCGACGCCCACAAGCCCAUCAACAUAAGCAUCAAUAUCAAGAUGAUGGUCAACAAAGACAGUGAGUCCAAGCAGCCGAAGGGUGAGUCCAAACCCACAACAGAAGAUCUGACUCGUCGUCUGGAGCAAUUGGAGCAGCAACUGUUGGAGGAACGGGCCAAAAAUGGGUCGAUCCCAACAGAAAAUGGAGUGCUUGAGGAGAAACCAGAAAAGCUCGAGGAAAAGGAUUCCUGCAAAAAGCAGGAGAAGAACUGCCACAAUCAGCACGUCAAAGGUGAUGAAGUCGAGAAAACAGAAGUGCCGGCUGAUAGAAAAAUUGAACCUGCAGCGGCUAAAGAGACUAAAACCCUUGAAAACGAAGAGAAAGCUCAAACCCGAGCAAAAGUUGUGGAUACUGAAAAAUCGGUUAAAGAUCAGAACGCAGUGGCGGAUGAAAAAUCUGUUCAAGACCAGAAUGUAGUGGAUGAUAAGAAAGCAGAUAGAGAAAUUUUGGAUAAAACAAAUAAAUCUUCCUCUGCGGGGAAAUCAGAAGAUACAAAACAGAUGUCAGGGAAAAAAGAGAAAGCAGAAAACAUAAAUCAGACGUCAGAGGCCCCCAAAGCUGGAGUCUCUAAAGAAACAUCCACGAGAGGGAAACCCUCCGAAACUAAGUUGGAAAAUCCCACAACUAAAGACCCUGUUCCUAAAAAAGCUUCAACUAAAGAAGCUUCCCCCAAUAAGAAGAAUCUUAAUAGUGAGGAACCCAAAUCCAAAGAAAAGGAAUCUACAAAAACGGAAACACAAAAAUCAAAGGAAACCCCCACAGUUGCGGUCAGCCCCAAGGAAAGCAAAGUAUCGAGCAAACAACUGCCAGAGAAAAAAGAAGCAAUUAAAGACUCUUCUUCCAAAGAACUGCCCGACAAAAUGGUUAUCAAUUCCACAGAUGUGGGACCCAUGGAUCCCAACGGCAAAACAGUGGUACUGUUAAUGGACAACGAACACAGAGCUUCGAAGGUUAGAAGAUUGACCAGGGCCAACACGGAAGAACUGGAAGACCUCUUCCAGGCCUUAGAGAAACAGCUCAAUGAUCGAAAUCUCGUCAAAUCCGAAGAUGGUCGCCUGAUACGAGUAGAUCCCAAGCCAAGCGCUGAGCAAGUGGAGCAGACUCAGGCUAUUUCUGACCUCACUAAGGAAAUAGAGGACUUUACCAGCGCCAAACCGGAGGAGGAGAAUCCAAAGGAGGAGGCAAAAGAAGAGAACCCGGAGCCCGAAGAGCCGGAGGACUUCGACUGGGGACCCAACACUGUGAAACAUCACUUGAAACGCAAAACAGUCUACCUGCCCUCCACCAAAGAGCUGGAAUCUCGCUUCCGCUCCUUGGAACGGCAGAUAAAACUGCUUGAGGAUGUGGAAAAGAUCGAUGUAGAGCAGCGGCUGAAUGAAAUUGAACGUAAAAUUAAGCUGCAGUACUCUCUUUCCCACGAAAAGGAUCUGAACAAAUACUUGGAACUGUGUGAAGGUAAGGGACUAGAUGACGAUGAACCUUUGCCUGUGGAAACCCCGACGAAGGAGGCGGAAAUUACCACAGCUAGAGAUCGUUCUCGUAGUCCCGGGCGCAAAGCGGUGGUUACCAAAUCUCCGUAUACCUCUCCAUCGCGAAAGGCCACCAUUAAAACACCACAUACUUCUCCCACCCGGAAGCCUAUCAUUAAAUCUCCUUAUACAUCUCCUUCCCGGAAGUCGGCCAAAUCCCCUUAUACGUCACCCUCCAGAAAUCGACAGAGAUCACCUUCUCCAACUCGAUCGCCGGAAAGGAAGUCCAAGAGAAGUCCCUACACUUCACCAGCCCGUCGCAAGCCGCAUCCUAAUGAUCUUCCCAUCUCAGAUGAUUUAGAGUACAAAUAUCGAGUACUUGAUUUGGUAAGAUCGAAAUCCAAGGAGAACCUGGCCAAGCGAAUGAACGAUCCCAACAGAAAACCGGCCAUUCAUCCCUUGGAAAUGAUUCUCAGUCCCAGUCCGGAUGCAGAUGCGAUACCUACAACAGGAGAACUAGAGCACAGAAUACGUGUCCUGGACGAAAAGCUCAAAUCGCCAGCCAAAACCCGCUCAAAGUCGCGCUCUCGAUCGCCAACCAUCGAAGACAUAAAACGUCAAAAGAUGAGAGAUGAGAAAAAGCCCAGGACUCCUGUUCACAAUCUGGAAAGGAUUGUCAGUUCACCUGGUAGACCAGAACCACCCACUGCCGAAGAGCUCGAGGAGCGCAUACGAAUCCUGGAGCAGGAGCAUAAGUUUGACUUUAAGACCCAGAAGGACUACAAGGCAUUCAAUCAAAAGCUCAAGGACGUCAUCUCACCCUCGCUCUCCUUCGACGAAUUCCGGGCAGCCAAGUCACGUGAGCAAAGUCCACGCCGCCAUGGCCCCACUACGCCCAAGUCUGCCCUGCGUCGCGAUGAUUUCGAUGAAGGCUACUGUGGCGGUACCCACACAUCCACUCACUACCGCCCCACCAGCCCCAAGGUCAUUCGGUUCCGAGAUGAGGACGAGGAUGAGGACCAGUUUGAAGAAGCACCCAGACCGAAGUCGCGUCAGACCAGCGAACGAAUGGUGGGCACCACUCAUGACGUUUUGGACUGUUUAACGGAGAAUACUAAAAUUCUUCAACGUAUUCUUAAGAAGACUCUUGCAGAUCAACCAUCGGCCACUCGCAGCUACGCCAGCAGCUCGGAGGGUCUGGAUGCCUUGGGUAGUCGUUUAAUGAGGGAAACCUCUCCGAUUACCCGAACCGGAACCCAUACGGGAGUACCACUGCGUACGGGGGAGAACAUCAACGACCGCCUGAGUUCGAUCAAGAACUCCAUCAAGUCGAUCGACACGCUGUGCGAGGAGAAGCCAUACCAGAAGGAGAAGUGCCAGCGGUACAUUGACUCACUGUUCACGGACUCACUUCACUUUGCCAGCAAGAAGAGCUCCCUGGAAGACCUCAGUCUCAGCAGGAGUCUUAGUCGCAGCGAGAGCAGGGGAAGGAGUAUUCACAGAUCAGGAGACUAUGCACCUUCGAUUAGGGUCACCUCCGAGCACCGAUCAUUGGGUUCGGCGGAUUCUCGAAGGAGUCCUUUGGGCAACCGGGACACCAGUCCAUUGCACCACAGAUCGCAUAGGGAUAUUAGCCGGGAGCUGUCCCCUCGACGUAGACGCUUGGAGGAGGAGGAUGAGGAGCGUAAGGAUCGGGAGAGCAGUAGGGUAAGACGUGAUAACUUGUUGCCAAAUUAUUUUGCUGAUAAUCGUAGCGAACUAAGUAGCGGGAGUAGUUUAACCGGGUUUAACCACAAAGUAGAUAGACAACUAGAAGAGACGUGCGCCAAGUAUGCGGACGAUCGACGCUCGGCCUGUCGCACACCGUUGAGCCACCCGUAUGAGUCCCGCACCACAGCCACACGCCACAGCCACACAGAUCCAGUCCAGAUCCCAGCCAACCCAGCAGGAUCAGCUACUGCAACAGAUAGUUUCCCGCGGCCCGUGUCGCCAUAUCGCCAGCCGUACGAUCCCUACCAUCGGUCCCCUGGUGGUGCCGGUGGCACGCCCCUCUAUCAGCCCGGCAAGCUGGAGAUCCGCCACACCACCGUCACCUCGACCUUCUACGAUCGGUUCCUCACUGAGAAGCAGAUCGAGCGGCAGACCCACUCCCGUCCGCCCAGUCGUUCGCCAGUGGUUUCACCCUCGGUCCCAGCCAAAAGCUACGUCGAAUUGUGCAGCACCACCUCAGCCACAUCCAGCACCUCCGCCUCCUCAUUCAUGUCCAGCAGCUAUGCGGGCCCCUCCUUUUCGCUGCCCUCGGCCAGCAACUAUUCCUAUUUAAAUCCGGUUUCGGGCUCGGGUUCGGGCAAUUCGUCAAUUUCGCCGCGCGCCAGUUGCUCGGAUCUCCGCUCCACCACCAGCGGCCCCACAUCCACCACUACCACCUCCGUAACCACCUCUUCCUACGUGCCCUACAAUUUCACCAGCUCUUUCACAUCUCGCUUGAACGAUCCCAUUACCACUUCCACUACCAGUGCAGUGAGCACUAGUUCCCUUACCCAUUCUACGGGGGUCUACAAUCCCAUGAUGUCCUUCACGCUGAGGGAACCACUAGCCAGCAGUUCCCUGGGUGGUUCAAGUGCCUCUCCAUUGCUACCGUUUCAGUUUAACAGAACUUUCACUUCCAACUUCGACAAGGAACAGAACAAACAAUAGAGGGAUGCACAUCAAUCGUUAACCAAAGGUUGUCCAUACACAUCACAAAGCCCCUAUUAAAGUUUUAAAACAUUGAAAAGAAAUCAAGCUCAAAGCACUGAGAGAAAAAUCUGUCUAAAAUAAUUAUUCUUCUUUUAAUUGAAUUUUUCCAUUUUUGUGGUUCUGAAAAUAUCAAAUAAUCAAGAAUUAUCUUAAAGUUAACAGGUUGCCACUUUCUCAACUGUUCUUGUACCAUGUUUGCCGAUUUUAGUUAGGUUUUUAUCUCAGUCAGCCUAACUUUCGCUAAGCAAUAUAAAUAUAGUAAAUAUUAAAAAAAACAGUUUAAGGCAAAUAAAUACCUAAACACAUAUAUAUCUAAAAAUAUAUACAAACCUUGCAAAUCGGAUAUUUAUUCUUCAAGCAACUCUUGCACCAAACCAUUUUGGCUUCUUGCAACUUACCUCAUCUACAUUGACAGCACCAGCAACUCAACUAAUCAUAACUUAGCAAAGAUUUUUAUACAAUAUAUAUCUACGUAUAUACAAAGAAUAUAGCUAUCGAAACUGUAACCAAAUGCGACGAGGAGGGCAAGAUGUUAAUAUCCAACUUUUUUCAGCGUUAACCAAAGUUUAGCCUCUAAUUCCUUGAAGAACUUUAACUUUAAAACACUCAAUUAACCUUAAACUUUUCCUUAAAAUGAACUAAUCAAUUAACAUGGUUUACACUAGCCAACAAAUACGCAAGAAACCAAUAUACAAACACACACACUUUGAAACGGUGUAAAACUUAAAGUGCAUUUUUGGGCCGAGUUAGUCGAGGAUGCUAAACAUAAUGAUUAUUCAAUUACGUUAACUGACUGACACAAGCCGUAAAAUUAGUUUACCAACAUUGUUAAAUACACACGCAGCCAUAUAUGUACCUAUACCAAUUGAACGAUAUAUAUUGUAUUUCAUUAAAUACCAAUUGCAGUUGUUGAAUUUCAAUUAUGCAAAAGACACAAUAACGACUAUGAAUAAGCAAGAGAAAGCAAACCCGAAUGCAAAUGGAUAUAGAAAC